AUGGCCGAUUUCUCUUUCCUCUCAGAUACCGACGAUUCUGCGGUGGAAGAACUCAUUUCCCAAACCCGAGACCUUUGCGUUCUUGAACAAGUCUCCGCCAUCAACUGCUCUGGUUUUGUCGAUACUCUUCUCCCUAAUGACCUCGAGUCCCGCUUUAACAGACUCAAAUCCUUUCCGGUCAGAAAUACAAAGUCCACUCUGCUGCCACCACACGGUGGUUCAGCUCGCUGCGUAUCUGAUCUCACUUCCAAAACCGAGUCGCCUGACGAAGAUUCUACCAUUUUCUCGCCUUCCAAACGAAACCCAGAAAAGGUAAUCGCUUCCAAGUCCAAAUCACCUAUUGACUCUGUGGAAUCGUCACUGAAAAAUUUGGGAAUUUCAACUUCAAAAGAAUCCAAUCGGGGGCCGAUUUCGUUUUCUUCGAAUUCCUCUAAUUCGUCUCCAGAGAAAGUCAAGUUUUCGGUGUCUAAACGAGGGUUGGAUGAGAAGAAACGCCGUCGUUCGAGAUUGCAAAAUCGGUCAUUUUCUUCUCCAUCUCCGCCGAAGAGAGCAGGUUGCUUAUGGUGUUCUCCGAAAAAGGAGGCUCCUCGUAGGAGGAGUAAAGAAGAUUGGUCAAUAAGCAGUGAUGAUUGGAGCAAGAACGAUGAGCUAUUGUCCGAUUUGGGGUCUUUCUCGUUUAAAGAGCAACGAAAGAUACUGAAAAUGGCAAUGAAGGAACAACAGAAGAUCAGUCGAGAGGCACAAAAAAUUGUCAAGAUGGCUAAACAAGCCUCUGCAAGGAUGAAUGUUUCUGGCAUCGAUGAUGAUGAGCUAAGUGACUGAUGUUAAAUGUUUUGACUGUAAAUGUUGAUCUUUUUGCUCACUUGCUGAUUCUGGUCAUAUUAUAUGAAUUAAGAUUCGAAGGUUGUGUUCUUUGUAGAAUUGUAGAAAUUUUUAAACAUUUGUAGAAAAAGUUUACUCUUAUCAAAAAAUAUAUAUAUAUUACUACUUGCUAUUCUGAAACAUUUAUGAAA